AUGGCUGACGCUCGACUCGCCCUCAGGGCAAGAAUUCCAGUCCUUACGCCACAGAACAACCCUCAUCUUGUACACCAAUUCCUAUUGAACCAUAUUCCAGAGGCUGACUUGACCGGGUCAAACACCCUUUCCAACGACGAUACACUCUCUCCCCUGAUUUAUGCGCUUGUUACUACUCCAUUAUCUUCUCACGGCUGGAUCCUCUUCAAGUUCAUCCAGGAACAACAACUGAGAGUGACUACUAAUGCCGGUGUCAUCGCUCUUGAACCUACCAGUCUGAAUCUAUUCAGGUUUCCCCCUUUUUCCCAAUUCGCCAUUGACACCUCAAGAGCUGUCGCGCAGUUUUGGACGAGCCUCAACGAGAUGGAA